AGCUCGCUCUCUCUCUCUCUCUCUCUGUCUGUGGAUUUAAACAGUGGGGAAGAAGAAGACAAGGAGAAACGGAAGAGAAACUUAGGGCUCACUUCGCUCCCUUUUUCUCCUCGAUCGACGAAUCAAAAACCUAGAAGAAGAGUACCCUCGAAUCCGGCCAGAGUAAACCCUAAACUCGUCGAACCGGAGCCGAGACGGUGUCGAUUUUACUCCAUUCUCGAGCUCUUUCCAGCUUUUAUUUUUUUAUUUUCCAAAUUUUUGAUGUCUGUGAGUGAGUAAGAUCCGGAUGGCGGAUCCGAGCGGCAGCGGGGAGGGGUUCAUGGCGGAGGCGGUGGUGGGCAAUGUGGUGCCGCUGCAGACGGCAUCGGGGUCGUUCAAGGGGGAGGGGAGGUUGGCGGGGGCGCCUCGGCGGCGGGCGCCGAUUCGGGCGAGCUUGGACGCUGAGGAGUUCAUAAAUCUACUUCAUGGAUCGGAUCCGGUCAAGGUCGAGCUCAAUCGGCUCGAGAACGAAGUCAGAGAUAAGGAACGUGAAUUGGGGGAGGCUCACGCGGAGAUUAAGGCGCUGAGAUUGUCGGAGCGAGCCAGAGAGAGAGCUGUAGAAGAGCUUACAGAGGAAUUGGCAAAGGUGGAGGAGAAGCUCAAGUUAACAGAAUCUCUUCUAGAAAACAAAAAUCUGGAAAUCAAGAAAAUAAAUGAUGAGAAGAAAGCAUCCAUGGCUGCCCAGUUUGCUGCAGAAGCUACUCUUAGAAGAGUUCAUGCUGCUCAAAAGGAUGAUGACAUGCCUCCUAUUGAAGCCAUUCUAGCACCGGUUGAGGCAGAAUUAAAGCUUGCCCACCAAGAGAUUGCGAAGCUGCAGGAUGACAACAGGGCAUUGGAUCGUCUAACCAAAUCAAAGGAGGCAGCGUUACUAGAAGCAGAAAGGACUGUACAAGUUGCUUUGGCAAAGGCUUCUAUGGUAGACGAUCUACAAAACAAGAAUCAAGAGUUAAUGAAACAAAUUGAAAUAUGCCAGGAAGAAAACAAGAUCUUGGACAAAUUACACCGUCAAAAGGUUGCAGAGGUUGAAAAGCUUACCCAGACUGUGCGAGAGCUAGAAGAGGCUAUUCUUGCUGGAGGUGCAGCUGCAAAUGCUGUUAGAGAUUACCAGCGGAAAUUUCAGGAGAUGAAUGAAGAGAGAAAAAUCCUUGACCGUGAGCUUGCCCGUGCAAAAAUUACAGCAAACAGAGUUGCAGUUGUAGUGGCAAAUGAAUGGAAAGAUGCUAAUGACAAAGUUAUGCCUGUUAGACAGUGGCUUGAAGAGAGAAGAUUCAUGCAAGGAGAAAUGCAGCAACUUCGAGAUAAGCUUGCUAUAGCAGAGCGUACUGCAAGAUCUGAAGCUCAAUUAAAAGAGAAGUUCCAGUUGCGCCUCAGAGUAUUAGAAGAGGGAUUGAGAAUGUCUUCUAGUGGAUCCAACCGCACCAAUGUAGAAGGGAAGAGUGCAAGUAAUGGUCCUUCACGUCGCCAGUCCCUUGGUGGAGCUGAGAAUGUAUCCAAGUCAUCUCCCAAUGGCUUGCUACUUAGGAGAUUACCAUCCUUUCAGUUGAGAUCCAAUCUCUCUAGUAGCACCAGUGCAGUGCUGAAACAUGCAAAAGGAACAUCAAAGUCAUUUGAUGGAGGCACCAGGUCACUUGACCGUGGCAAAGUCAUUGCAUAUGGAAUAGGUGAUUCACUGAAUAGAUCUUCUGAUGCUAUUAGAGACAAUGAGACAAAUAACAGUUGGAAGGAGAAUCAAGAUGAGAAGCCUGUUGAGUUAACUAAUGCCGAUUCAAAUGAUAGUGUCUCUGGGCUGUUAUACGACAUGUUGCAAAAGGAGGUAAUCACCUUGAGGAAAGCAUGCCAUGAGAAAGAUCAAAGCCUGAAGGACAAGGAUGAUGCAAUUGAGAUGUUGGCAAAGAAAGUAGACACUUUGACCAAAGCAAUGGAAGUGGAGGCUAAGAAAAUGAGGAGAGAAAUGGCUGCCAUGGAGAAAGAGGUGGCUGCUAUGCGGGUGGAGAAGGAGCAAGACAACAGGGCUAAGAGGCUUGGUAGUUCCAAAGGUCCUGUAAAUACUUCUCAGAUGCUUCCUGGAAGACAGCGAGCAUACGGACAGAUGGACGUAGUUACUGAAGGAAGAGGAAAGCAAGAAGAAUACUUUGUAAAUACUGGAUGGCAAGGAGGGUAUUCUCCGCAUCAGCAAACUUGAAGAGAUUUGACACGAUCAAACAUGCAUUUGAAAUUUGAAUGAGUCAAAUUUAAAAGAAAUGUGCUGCGAGGUGGGACGAUGCGGAACCUUCAAUGACAACGAACUUGAAUUGAAAAGCAGCUCAGGAUUCUCAAAUAGAUCCAUGUCUCUCUUUAUUUCCUUCUACCUUGUUUCCUUCUACUUUUUUUCUUCGUUCGUUGAUUUGAUAGUCAAAAACCAGCAUCAGUGAACCUGUGAUCAUCCAAUUUGGGGAAGCAAAAAUCGGAGAGAGUCCGUCUGCAUCUGACAUGACUUGAUGUAAUGUAGUGGAAGUGAUGAUGAAAGUUGGCUAACCUUAUGGCACGGCCGCUUUGAUAGGACAAUGCUUGUUUGGUUGUUGAAUAGGUUGAAAGGCCUUUAUUUUUUUCCCUAUAUAUUUGUAAUUUUAAGUGUGAUGGUUUCCUUUUAACCCGAAGUUGUGAAUAUCAUCAUAAUUCAGAGGAGGACACGUGAUAUUCGCCCAUGUUGCAUUUGUGUUGAUUUCAAGUUAUCCUUUUUGCUCCAUUGCUUUUGUAUAUAGAAGCAGAUCCAAGAAGGCUUCGUUUAGGUUCUGUUAAGGCAAUGAUGCUUCUCUGGAAGAACUA